CAUAUGGAAGAAGGAAACCAGACUACUGUAACCAAAUUUAUCUUUUUAGGAGUUACCAACGAUGCAAACAUGCAAAUAUUUCUUUUCAUAUUAUUCUUAUUGAUAUAUAUUCUUACUGCUUUUGGAAAUAUCAGCACCAUGGUUAUAAUCACAGUAAUUUCUAACUUACACAGCCCAAUGUAUUUCUUUCUUAGCAACUUGUCUGCCUCUGAUCUCUGUUUUUCUACUGUUGUUACUCCAAAAUGUCUGCAUGAUAUGUUUUUACAGAGAAAAUCCAUCUCUUUUAUUGGCUGUGCACUUCAACUCUAUUUUUUUAUAUUAUUUGGUUGCACCGAAUGCUACAUCUUGUCUGCAAUGGCAUAUGAUCGCUAUGUAGCCAUAUGUCACCCUCUUCUGUAUAUAAUAAUAAUGAACAAGUCUAUGUGUAUAUUUCUUGUUACUGCUGUAUAUACUGGUGGUUUCCUCACUGCAGGAAUUGAUACCUAUACUACCAUAACUUUACCUUUCUGUGGACCUAAUACAAUCAACCACUUUUAUUGUGAUAUCCCUCCACUAAUGGAUCUCGCAUGUUCAGAUUCGUACAUAAACAAAACCAUUAUAUUUGCUGUGGUAUUUGUCCUAGGGUUUCUUUCUGUUACCGUUAUCUUGGCUUCCUAUACUUACAUUUUCUUUACCAUAAUCAAGAUUCGAUCCAUUGAAGGCAGACAGAAAGCGUUUUCGACAUGUAGUUCCCACCUUUUGUGUGUGUCUGUUUUUUAUGGGACAGUUUUUUUCAUGUACCUUCGUCCCGCCUCUGGUUAUUCUGUUACACAAAACAAGGUGAUCCCUGUUUUUUAUACAAUGGUAAUCCCAAUGCUAAACCCAAUCAUCUACAGCUUACGGAACAAGGAAGUACAGGAAACAGUGAGAUAUUAUGUUAAGAAACGUCACUUCCCAAGGAUGUACUGA